UCAGCGCUGUCUAUCUCCUCAAUGUAGGCUACUAUUCUCGGAGAGAGAGAAAGCGAGAGAGAGAGAAAGGGAGAAAAUAAUAACCUCCAAGAAUUGGUUAUUCCUGUCUUUCACCUUCCACGACCAGCGGCCAGGAGGGGAGCGGCCUUCGCGGUGGGAAUGUGCUGCUACAACAACCCCGCGUCCUAUUUUUUUGUGAAUGUAAAUGCACAUGUAGUCUCAAGCUUGUAGCCUAUUUACACCUCGGAUUCAAGAGGAAUAUAUAGCCUAUAUAUAUAUAUAUAUAUAUAUGUGUGUGUGUGUGUGUAUAUAUAUAUAUACAUAUAUAUAUAUGUAUAUAUAUAUAUAUAUAUACACGCAUGUUUGUAUGGGAGUGUGUAUGUGUGUACACAUAUAUAGGCCUUAUGUAGGCUAUAAAAGCUGAGCCUGACAGCGGGGGUUGCUUUUUCACCUGCAAGAAACGUGGAUACAUUUCGAGGGAUUUUCACCUCUUGGUCACGUUUUCCUUUUCUUUUCUUUUUGCCUUUUUUCAAUGAUUUUUCGUCUUGAAGGGAUUCUUCGGAGCCGCGCCGGGAAUUUAAAAAGUCUAUCGGUGCGCAGUUUUGGAGGCUCGGUGGUGAUGUGAGGGGCUGAUAACACAUUUCAGCAACAAAAGCGAGGGGCAGGGAGAGAGAGAAGGCCCUUUGGAGGAGAAAACACAGCAAGGAACAGCCAUCACAAAUAAGGAGGACAAAUCUGGGGGUACUGGAUCGUCUUGGAGUCGGAGGUGGUGGGGGAUCCAGCCGAAAAGACAACCGCAGUGAGUUUGGAGCUGUUUUGGGUUGAUUUGAUGCAGCGAAUGAAAAGGAGCCGGAUGACGACGGAAGCAGUGAGAAGAUCACACAUGUAGCUCGUUUGGGUGUAAAUAUUAUUUCCCUUCUUCCUGUCCUGCUGGGCCCCCCGAUGAAGACAGCCGUCGGGGAGACAGAGAAAUAGAUAGAGAGCGUAAGUGUACACUUAUGGACAUGUUUAUCAUGAAAGGAGACGUGGAAACGAGCCGCGCCACAGCACGGGCGAGGUUUUCGGACACGCCGAGUUCGGCUCCUUGUCACGGGCAGCAGUGAGACGCAAGACCCGGGCUUUUGGAGAUGCAAAUUAGGCUGUUUAUUCUGCCUCCGUUUGAGGUGAAACCCCGAUUUUUUGGUGUCUCGACAGACGUUGUGGAUUACAGUUGUUAACGUUACACAGUCGACGGGGGGAGAGAGUGGGAAAACAAAACAAAAACUGUACUGCAUGUUAAAGGAGGAAAAAGCCCGAGUAGGAUUCAGCAAACUGAGAAGGCGGCCUCGGUGUCGUCAGCAACAGUAUCCUGCCCUUUCUCUGACAGCAAAAUACGCGUUAUGGACACAUAAUUUCUACAGUGCUGCACCACAGACAGUUUUUGGAGCAGGCCAGGGACGUUACAAGGUGUAAAUGUGGCUGACAUCGCUGCCAAAUCCGCAUGUCAAACGAGGGAUCUAGACUAGUUUAGUUUAUUUAUUUAUUUUUCUUUCUACAUAUCCCCCCUCCACCUCCACUUCGUCCACCUCCUCCUCCUCCUCCCCUGGACCCCCUUUUUUCUUUUUUCUUGCGGGAAGAUGGGUUGUUUGGGCAACAGUAAGACCGAAGACCAGAGAAAUGAGGAGAAGGCACAAAGAGAAGCAAACAAAAAGAUAGAGAAGCAGCUCCAAAAAGACAAGCAGAUAUACAGAGCAACACACAGACUACUACUUUUAGGAGCUGGAGAGUCAGGAAAGAGCACCAUAGUUAAACAGAUGAGGAUCCUACAUGUUAACGGCUUCAAUGCGGAAGAGAAGAAGCAGAAAAUUCAUGACAUCAAGAAUAAUAUUAAAGAGGCUAUUGAGACCAUAGUAACAGCGAUGAGCACCCUGGCACCGCCAGUGCAGUUGGCAUGCCCACAGAACCAGUACCGGAUUGAAUACAUCCUCAACCUCGUCAGCCAAAAGGACUUUGAGUUUCCAUCUGAGUUUUACGACCAUGCGAAGACACUGUGGCAGGAUGAGGGGGUCCGGGCGUGCUACGAAAGAUCCAAUGAGUACCAGCUAAUCGACUGUGCACAAUACUUUCUAGACAAGAUUGACAUUGUGAAACAGAGUGACUACACUCCAACAGAUCAGGAUUUGCUGCGGUGCAGAGUUCUGACUUCAGGAAUCUUUGAGACAAGAUUCCAGGUGGACAAAGUUAAUUUCCAUAUGUUUGAUGUUGGCGGUCAAAGAGACGAACGUCGGAAAUGGAUUCAAUGCUUUAACGAUGUAACGGCCAUCAUCUUUGUAGUGGCCAGUAGCAGUUACAACAUGGUGAUCAGAGAGGACAAUCAGACCAACCGUUUACAGGAGGCCCUCAACCUCUUCAAGAACAUCUGGAACAACAGGUGGCUGCGGACCAUUUCUGUCAUCUUGUUCCUAAAUAAACAGGACCUGCUGGCCGAGAAGGUGUUGGCAGGGAAGUCCAAAAUUGAGGAAUACUUUCCUGAAUUUGCUCGUUACACCACACCUGAUGAUGCGACACCAGAGCCUGGAGAAGAUCCACGUGUCACAAGGGCAAAGUACUUCAUAAGAGAUGAAUUCCUGAGGAUCAGCACAGCAAGCGGGGACGGCAGGCACUACUGUUACCCCCACUUCACCUGCGCCGUCGACACGGAAAACAUCCGCCGUGUCUUCAACGACUGUCGAGACAUCAUCCAGCGGAUGCACCUGCGGCAGUAUGAGCUGUUGUGAUGGGAGAAGAAAAGUGUUCGGCCAAAACCACAUUGGACUAUGAAAAACAUCCCUGAAGUCUCUGAACUCCCCUCUUCCACAGAAGUGUGUGAGCUCUUGAGAAGGAACAGGGGCCAAAAUGCACGCACACAGACACACAUGAACACACACACACACACACACACACACUUACAGUAAACAGACCCUAAACCCAGAACUUCCCCUGAUGCAAACUCCCAACCUGCAGUAGACAGAGCUAUUUUGAUGGAAGGGUUUUAUGGCUAUCACAAAAAUGGACUCCAAUCUCCACUUUCGGCCAUACUCCCAGCUCCACAUCAUAUAUCAUCCCCAUACACGUUACGCUCACCCUCCUAGAGACUCUGAGUGGCCCAGUCUGGACUGUAUUUCCUGCAGUGAGGAGGGUUUGAACCGUUCAGAUUGUGAGAUUUCCCUCUUGUUGAGGUCGGGAUGAAAACUGAGCGAGCUACUACUUCAGUGCAACUGGGAAAGAGAUAACUGUUGAAUUACUGCAAAUAGAGAACAAACAUGUUGCAACAGAUCAGCUGAACACUGUAUCUAACAAAAAAAGGCACUGUGCUCAGGACAAACCGUGUAUACCAAUCCUUCCUAUCACUUACACACAUCCAUGAAUCCAACCACAGGAUCUGCUUGCACACAGAAACGUAUCACACCUGCUUUUUACUGGACUGCAUAACCGGGUUGGAUCCGGAAACACACUGAUCUGCUAACAAGUGGCAGGCUGGUUGAGCUGUCAGCUGAUUUUUCCGGCACAGUGCUUUGAGAUUAAACAGACUGCGCACCCCAGCCCCGAGGAGCAGCGUUAGCACAGACUAAACGGACCAGGGGUGUGUUGUGAUAAGUCAGGCCGCAGGGGGGCGGAGACUCGCUUAAAAAGGACAGAGCUGACUCCGAUGUGAAUUUCUCUGAUGGAGUCAUGUUUGACAGAGACGACGAUGACAGCCCCUCGACUUCUCCACACUUGACUUGCCUUGUUGGUGUCGGAGAAAAAAAUGCGAGGAGGAUACAUUGAGUUUAAAACAAAAAGAAACAAAAAAAAAGCCAACUUUUAUGGAACUUAACUAAACGGAGGGCAAAAAGCAUCCUUCUACAGUACCAUAUAAGUUAAAGAGAACUCUCAUCUUGUCAUGAUUGACCCUGUUUUACUGUCUCCACAGCUGUUUUUGUCUGUGUGGACUUUUGUGCCAUUGUGCCCUGUGCGCUCUCUUUCUUUAUCUUUACUCUCUCUGUCUCUGUCACUCUUGCCUUUUUUUUCCCCACCCCUGUUCUUUCUCCUCUGAUGCUUUUUCUCUCCACCUUGACAUUUCUUCCCUCACUCCCAUCUGCACUUUUACCUCCCUGGCAACAGAAUAUAAAAUAUAAUACUCCUGGAAUAUAAAAAGAUGACAACAACAAACAGGACACUAAUGUUUUUUGUUUUUUGUUUUUUUUUUUUUU